CGUUUUGUGCUGUUGCUCGGGCUCGCGGCGCCUGGUCCCGCGCCUGCAGGUGCCGCCAAGAUGAAGGUGGUGGAGGAGCCCAACACUUUCGGGCUCAACAACCCGUUCCUGCCCCAGACCAGUCGCCUCCAGCCCAAGAAGGAUCCUUCACCCGUAUCUGGGCCCGCGCAUCUCUUCAGACUCUCUGGCAAGUGCUUCAGCCUGGUGGAGUCCACGUACAAGUACGAGUUCUGCCCAUUCCACAACGUGACCCAGCAUGAGCAGACCUUCCGCUGGAACGCCUACAGCGGGAUCCUUGGCAUCUGGCACGAGUGGGAAAUCAACAACAAUACCUUCAGGGGCAUGUGGAUGAGGGAUGGCGACUCCUGCCAGUCCCGGAGCCGGCAGAGCAAGGUGGAGCUCACCUGUGGCAAAAGCAACCGCUUGUCCCACGUGUCUGAGCCGAGCACCUGUGUCUACUCACUAACGUUCGAGACACCCCUCGUCUGCCACCCCCACUCCUUGUUAGUGUACCCGGCCCUGCCUGCGGCCCUGCAGCAGAGGUGGGACCAGGUGGAACAAGACCUGGCAGAUGAGCUGAUCACCUCCCAGGGCUAUGAGAAGUUGCUCCGGGCAAUUUUUGAGGAUGCUGGCUACUUAAAGACUCCAGAACAAAGCGAGUUGGCACAGCAGGAAGGAGGCACUAAGGGCUUGGUGUUUGAGACGCUGGAGAGCUGCAGUGAGGCACAUAAAGCCCUGUCAAAGGAGGUAAAAAAACUAAGAAGUAUGCUGACCCAGCAUGGCAUCCCCUAUGUGAAGCCUGCAGAAACUUCCAGCUCUGAGAACUUAGGCUCCAAGACACCCACAGCCAGGACAGCAGAGCACCUACAAGACGACCCCGGACUGCAUGGGAACACCUUGUGAUCUGGGGCAGAGCAAGGAGUCUUGGGCCCAAGGAUGCACAUCCUCUGUUCCUUCUGUUCCAGGCAGCUCUCCAGGUUAUACUCAAAGAUGCAGACAAAACAAAGGAAAGAUUCCAAGUUUUAAUUAAUUUUCAUACUGAUAAAAAUAAUUCCAUGAAUUCUGUAAACCAUUGCAUAAAUGCUAUAGUGUAAAAAAAUUGAAAUAAGUGUUAACAACUUUAAACAAUUCACUACAAUGAUUAUGCAUUAUAAAUACUACCUUCUGGAUUAAGAAAAUUCCAUUCCAAUAACAUUCUCAUCUAAAUACUCAAAACAUACAACAGCUGGGGGCUUCCAUAAAUAUUAACCCUCAUGAGGCUUCUACACUGAGUCGAGGUCUGCUGUCCAGUUACACAAAUGGUGUGAGACUGUAACAUCACCACUAAUACUGAACACCCGGGGGCUGACAGAUCAGGGCAGCAAGAACAAUGGCCUCACCGAGCACCACGCGGCUGCGUCCGCUACACCCGGCCCUCCCCGCGUGCAAGACGGUGACACCCUGAGACGCCGCCUGCACAGGGUGGAUACCUCAGACGACCAGGCCCACUGCAGCCAGGUGGCAGAGGUGGGAAGGACCAUGGGAGAUUGCUGCAGGUAUGGCCCAGGCACCCCCAGGUGGUUCUUUGGUCUUCCGGCUGCACACCGGUCCUCACAGCCAGCCCCAAUCGGGGAGGAGCGAGUGCCCAGGGGAUGUGUCUCCAGCCCCAGCCAGAGAACCCCUGUGAGCACUGCACCUCCCAUCCCCCAAACUCCACAGAAAGAACUGCCCAGAGUAGCUUAUAAAUACACCUAAAGCUUAAUUGUUCUUGUUUAUAAUUUGAAAAUGUCUAGCCUAGCCUAGAUGUCAAUGAUAAACAUUGUCCUGUUAGCCCAAAAGAGACCGAAGGCCUGAGAUGGGAAACAAGUGCAUAAAUAUUAAUAAAAAUAAAGAAUUUUAAACAG